GUCAGCUUUGAUGGCCUGGGUGGGAGACGGAUUAGGAAAAAACGGGAUUCCCGUGGAGGGCACCAGGCCCACGGGGGACAGGAGUGUGUGGAAUUUAUCGGCAGAUCAUUUUCUGGGGUGAAAAUUGGACCGGUUGAAGCCCUUCUCUCCCGGGCGGGCUCUGGGCAGCGUGUGUGGGAGAUGGAAGGCGUCCUUCACAGAACAUUCCUCCUCCUCGUGGCGCUUCUGCCAUGCACCGUCACAGGUCUAGAGCUGGCCAUCAACUCCAACACUGCUGACUACCAGCUGGCGACACAGCCGGGCCUGACCCAGUCGCUCUGGUGCACCGUUCAGGAUCACACCCAGGAAGAGGAAUUGCUGUGGCUGCGAGGACACGGAGAAGUCGGCCUGAAGGACGGGAACAAAGUGAACGCCAGCAACAUCUGCAUCUCCCCCGUCACUGAGGAUGACAACGGCGUUUCUUUUACCUGCCAGUUGGCCCGAAACAAAUCUGUCCAGAUCUCCGUGCUUAUGAACGUCACGUACCUCCCCAUCCUAAGUGGAGAAGACCCUUCAGCUACCCCUGAAGGGUGGGAUGCGACACUCAGUUGCCACAUAAAGGCCAACCCUCCUGCCCAGCUUUUCUGGCUUAAGGACAACCAGACCCUGGGGCUGGAGGAGUCCCGCCAUUGGAUUCGCCAGACCAGUGAGCUGUUUCAGCUGACAAUUAAAGGAGUCCAGCAAUCGGACGAAGGAAUAUACACCUGUCUGGCUCUGCGUGGAGGGAGGCGUAAAGAUUUCCACCUGGUUGUCACAGAGAGAAAACUGCCUUUCCCCACUGAGGCGGUCAUUGCUGCGGGAGUGGUCAUUUCCCUCAUAGUUCUCUUUGCUAUUGUGGGUCGACGAGAGAAGAUCGUCAAGUGUUUCAAGAAAACUGACUCUCCGAGCCAUACUGCACUAUGAAGGAAUUCUUAUCACAGAGCAACCUCAGAGGCGACCCGUGUUACUUCAGAUUGCAAAUCCUUCCUGUUAUCAAGGAAAUUCUUAGCAUGGCUGCAGUUGAAACAUUGCUUUGAUUUAUAACUUAGAAUACCGUCCCCUUUCCACUCUCAAGCAGAUGCUCCUUUACAGUAUAUGUUUAGCUUACUGUAGCUUUCUUGGUCAGUUGGGAAAUUGGGACUAAUCAGGCUUCAAAAGCACUUCAUAAACAAUUAACCAAGAGCUGGCUUCCAUGCUGGCUUCAGGCCCAUGGCAUCACCACUUUUAAGAAAUACUGAGUUGUUAAAAUGGGUUUAGUAAUGACUGAAUGACUAAUAUAUACAAUAGGCCCUAAAUUAAUUCUACAUUUCAUCUUCACGGAAAGUUUCAAAACAAACCAGGAAAGGAUCAUUCCAGCACUAAGACCUGGUCAUCUGCCAGUCUCUAGUGAGAUAAGGAAGCUGCUGUCAGGAGCCUGGUUCUAUCUUUGUAGAAUGGCAUAGACAUUGGUGAAAUGGCUGCUGGGCAGAUGGUUGGGACUCGGGGCCAAUAAAUCAUAUUUUUAGAGGGGAAAGCAGAAGUUGCUAGAGUCUGAGAGAAGACAGAGAUCUCAUUGAUUGAGGCAGAUCUGGGCCCACCUGUGAGUUCAGGGAAAUACUACAUUUUGGCUUUUACAAAUGGCCAGAUAUGGGGAGGGGGAAAGGGUUUUUUCCUUUCCCCAUGGUCUCCCCACAUGCCAGGCUGCAAAUCAUGGAACUGUUCUUUGGACGUGGGGCAGGGGGUGGAAUUGCCUCUUAAUUACGCUUUAGUCUUUCCUUAUUCUUCAUACUUCCCUCACUUUUCCAAGUGGCCUCAUUUAUGAUAGUUUGUCAGAAGACAUUCAACUCUGAAAUUUGCCACUGCAAAGAAAGGAAGGCUUCUAGAGUUUCAUGAUUAUGCCUGUGUGGAGAAAGUAUCAUUGAAGUUGGUAGGCUUUACUUCUGAGUAGACACAUGUAAGACGCUGCUCUAAUGCAGUGUUUUUCAACCUUAGCAACUUUAAGAUGCCUGGACUUCAUGUUGGCUUUUACAAAUGGCCAGAUAUGGGGAGGGGGAAAGGGUGCCUCCCCUACCCCGUGGUCAUAGCCAUGCUGGCUAGGGAAUUCUGGGAGUUGAAGUCCAGACAUCUUAAAAUGGUCACGGUUGAGAAAUACUGCUAACGCCUUUCUUGCCCUGGAGGCUGAGCAAUGGAGAAAAGGCUCCCUGUGUUUCAUUUGUGCAUCUGGCAUGAACUGGAAAAGUUGGCAGAACUUUACCCUGCAUUCUUUUCAUGACUGCUGUCUUCUUGAUGUGCAAAGGUACCUGGCACAGAGGCGUUUGAUAGCUGCGGGAGACAAGGCACAGGGGGAGCAAGGUGUGGCUUUGUUCGGGAUGGCAGGGAGAUGGUUCUUAGAAAUUGUCAUGGUGGCCUAUUUCCAGGCAAACUCUAAUAGUCUGUUUGGAACCUGCACAAGAUUCUGUUGCUAGUUUGGAAAGCAUUGCCCGUCUGAAAAGUGCUGAGUUACGUGGGGAAGUUGCUCAGUCAUCUGUCUAUUGGUCAGUUACCAAGUAACUGACGGAGCUUCUGUACCAGUGUUUCUCAACCUUGGUAGCUUUCAGAUGUGCGG